CCCUGAACUGACCUGGGUGCCAGCUGGGCUGCAUCUGCCAGGCCUUGGGCUCCGGCUCUACCAGGCCCAGGUGCAAGCUGCUGACAUGGCACUUCCACAUCCCCAUGCAGCUGCUGCCCCCAUGCCUGGGUGCCUGGGCAAUCUACAGAUCAGGCUCCUCUUCCUCCCACGCGUGGGCCCUGGUGCCCGGAGCAGGGGGGUGGGAUGAGGCCUCUCAGAGUGCCACAAUGCUCAUCUCUGCUGCCUCGACGCCCCCUGAAGCGGUGGGCCUGUGCCUCCCGGGGCCCCCUGCGCCCCCACCGCCCCUGCUACCAAAGCCGGGCAAGGACAACCUGGUUCUGCAGAAGCUUCUGAGAAAGGCGGCCCGGAAAAGGGGGGCCGGGGGAGGGCCCUCGGCCCCCACAGGGGCCUUCCGCACCUCCCUGUCCCCCGUGAGCGAGGCCAGCCACGACCAAGAGCCCACAGCCCCACACCCCGCCCAGGCCCCAAGCACGGCGGCCACCCUGCCCCGCGCCCCCCACGCCCCCCACGCCCCCGUCACCCGCCGUGUGCCCUCACCCCUGCAGAAGUCCACGCUCGCCCUCAGCUUCCCCCUGCACAGGAGCCGAACCUCUCCCCUCACGGCCCCGGGGCCCCUGCUCACAACCCCGGCCCUGGCCCGGGGACCCAGCGGCUUCGCCCGUGUCUCAGCACCCGCGGUGGGGGACACCCACAUCAGCCGGGUGCACAUCCAGCUGGUGCCAUCCCCGGGGGCCGGGGCCCCUGAGCCUCCCCCGAUGGCCCCUGAUGGGGGGUCUGGCGGCCAGGACCGAGACACAGCCCCUUGCCCUCCUGGAGCCCAGCCCCGGGUCCCGGUCGCCCACAUCCGCCCUCUUCCUACUGGGGCCCAGGCGGCCAAGCCCUGGCUGGAGGCGGCCCCUGUGCCCAGGCCACCCCCUGGCUUCCCGGCUGCGGGGCCCAGACAGGCCAGCACCCGGGUCGUGGUGCCCAUAGCGCCUACCUAUCGCUCGCCGGGGCCCUCGCCUGCCAGGCCGGCCCCUGUGGCCCCCGAGGCUGAGCACCUGGAGGAGCCCCCCACUGCUGGCCCCGCCACGGAGCCCCAGCAGGUCUCCAGCCCUCAAGGGGCCUGGUCGCCCGCCUCAACCUCAGGCCCCCACCCCUGCCCUGUCCCCAAAGUUGCGCCCAAGCCCCGGCUCAGUGGGUGGAGGCGCCUCAAGAAGCAGCUGAUGGAGGAGGUGGUGGAGGCCCCGUUCCUGAGGCUGGAGCGGAGCCCCGAGCAGAUGGAGCAGGAGGAGACGGCCCCCGCCGACCCAGCCCCCCAGUCCCUCGCCGAUCCAGCCCCCCGGCCUCCCACUGACCCGGCCCUCCCACCUCCUGUGGACUUGGCCCCUCGGUCGUCCGUGGACCCGGCGCCCCGGCCCCCCGCCUCCCGGGCCUCCAAGCUGUGGGAUGCGGUUCUGUACCGCAUGUCAGUGGCCGAGUCCCACAACAGCCAGGCGGGGCCUGGGGAUGGGCUGUGCGCCCCGCCCGGCCUGGGCCGCCUGCCCUUUCUGUGCCGACCGCGCUUCAACGCCCGGAAGCUGCAGGAGGUGGCCGCCCGGCCCCCUCCCACCAUCCACUCCGUCCUGGAGCUGAGCCCCCCGCCCAAGAACUUCAACCGCACGGCGGCCGGCUGGGGCGGCCCCAGGCCUGGGACCAUGCUGGACAGGAGGGGCCACAGCCAGUGAAGAGGCUGCAUGGACCUGGGAAGGGCCCGGGUGCGGCGGGGCUGUCAGGAGGGACAGGGGCAUGAGGAUGGGGAAGUGACGAGGCUGGGAGCAGGGGGCAGGGAGGAGGUGGUUUCCAUGUGUGGAGGGGCAGGGGGGUUAGGUAGGAAGGAAAGGGCCCAAGUCCACAUGAGGCAGGAGUUGGGCAGGCUGACCUCACACCUAGUGCCUGCCUGGUCUCCUGGGAGGCAGGGAGGGAGGAGGGCCACAGGUUGGGCGACCCACUGAGGUGGGUGGGAGAGGGACACAGAGGGACUUGGGAGGCCUCUAGCCACGGUCCCCGAAGAGGACUCAGGAGGGGAGUGGGUCGGGGAGGAGGCCCCACUCACCCCAGGACAUCAUGGGUGCUGUACGUGGACCCUGGGACCCAGGCCACCAAUAAAAGUGUGUCACUCCAUG